AUGUCCGGGCUGUAUAAUCCCAACAACAACAACAACAACUUCUCUCCGGUGAGAGCCGCUUCUCCUCAGAUUAGACCCACACCUUCAGAAAUGGACAGUCAGUAUCUUGCCGAGUUGCUCGCGGAGUAUCAGAAGCUUGGACCCUUUAUCAAAGUUCUUCCCAACUCCAGUCGUCUCUUGAAUCAAGAAAUUCUCAGAGUUUCUGGAAUCUUGUCCAAUCAAGGUUUUGGUGACUUAGACAGACUGCGCCACAGAAGCCCUAGUCCUAUGGCUUCUUCAAACCUCACUGCCACAGGGAUGCCUGGAUGGAAUACUUUUCAGCAGGAGAGAUUAUGUGGAGCUCCUGGAAUGACCAUGGACUGGCAAGCCGCGCCUGCAAGUCCUAACUCAUACAAUAUAAAAAGGAUUUUGCGUUUGGAAAUUCCAGUUGAUACAUACCCCAAUUUCAAUUUUGUUGGAAGACUUUUGGGACCUAGAGGAAAUUCUCUGAAACGAGUAGAAGCUACUACAGGUUGCAGGGUGUUUAUUAGAGGACAGGGAUCAAUAAAGGAUCCAGACAAGGAAGAAAAAUUGAAAGGAAGACCAGGAUAUGAGCAUCUCAAUGAGCCGCUCCACAUAUUGAUUGAGGCUGAUUUACCUGCUAAUAUUGUUGACAUGAGGCUUAGGCAGGCUCAGGAAAUUAUAGAAGAAUUGCUAAAACCUGUGGAUGAGUCAGAGGACUUCAUAAAGAGGCAGCAGUUGCGGGAAUUGGCAUUGCUGAAUUCAAAUUUUAGAGAAGAGAGUCCUGGGCCAAGCGGCAGUGUAUCUCCAUUUAAUUCUAGUGGAACGAGUGGAAUGAAGCGAGCAAAAACAGGUAGAUGA